AUGAGCAGUCCUGUACACAAUGAGCCUGAAAAUCUGUACUUACGGUGUGUGUGUGUGUGUGUGUGUGUGUGUGUGUGUGUGUGUGUGUGUGUGUGUGUGUGUGUGUGCAUGUGUGUGUGUAUUUGAUGUUUGCUUGGUUUUGUAAUGUCACUACUAUAUUUUGUAGUAAAUUAUGAUUUCUGCUUCUAUGCCCUCUCAGGAACAGUGCUAGAGGGCUUUCAUUGUCUUCUGAUGUGCCACAGGUAAUGAGCUUUUAAAACGAAAUUUGUGUAGGGAUCACUUGGUCAAAGUUUUGAAAAUAAUUGGUGAUGGGCCACAAAAUUGAAAUUGGUGCACCAAUUUUUAUAGCUGUGUUUUGUUAGUUGUCAUUUAUGUCCUAAGCACUCAUGAGGAGCUGUCUUUAUUUGCUAAAAUAUUUAGCAUAUUUCUACACUUAUAUAUUUCUUCUUUCUUUUCAGACCAAAGUCUUGGAUAAUGACCAUAACAGUGCUGGUCCCUCUGGAUGCCAUGAUGUCAAGAGCUCAUGUUACAGGUGUGUUAUAUCUUAUCUUUAAUGUUAAAUGGUGGACAGAAUAUUUGUGACGCAGCACAACAAAGGUGUUGACUCGGAAAUAAACACAUUUCUGUGCAAAAUAAUAUCUCCAUUUUUCAGAACUUACACCAACCUCUUUGGACCUAUCAUCAUUGAUGAUGAUGAUGAGGAUGAAAUUCCCGUUCCUGACAAAACAAAUGACAUGGCUUCUGAAGACUUUGAGUGAGUCAUAGACAUAAGAAAAUUAACCAGCUCUGUGUUUUCCAUAAAAUUACAUCAUUCAAAAGUGAGAAGUCACUUAAAUGAACACCUCAGACUUUCCCUGCCUGUAACUGCCUGCCUCAGGUCCAGUUGUUAAGAUGUGUGUUUGAGUAGAGUCCAUUGAAAAGAAGUUAUAAAAUUAAAUGUGCUCAUUGUUUCAGAGAGUGACUCAUCAGCAUCUCUUGUACAUAGAUCAACAUUAUAUUUUAGACAAGUAUAUUUUAGAGUGUAAAGUAAGUGUCUCACUUUUUUCUUUUUCUUAAGACCUACAAGUGUGCAGGCAGCGGAAGUAAUUGCAAAUCUGGCACUUGCAAUUGACCACAAGAAAGUCAGCCGGUUCAAUAUAUCAAGAGCUGAUGUGUGGGAUGGAGCUGUGCGCGGAUUUCGACGCGGCACAUACUCCAAAUUCAGCGACAUCUUUGUCAAGGUUACAGAUGACGCCGGUUCCUUUGAAGAGGGGUUGGAUACAGGUGGGUCAAAACGAGAAUUCCUAACACUUCUCAUGACUCACCUCAGAAGUCGCCCCAUCCUUGAUGGACCUCUCGAAAGACGUUAUCUCGUGUACAAUUCCACAGGUGAGUUUAAUAAUAGAACAGAUUGUAUUUUAAAAAUUUUAAGUUUCCAAUUAUUUCAUCAUUUUUUUUUCAAGUGAUGUAGACGAUAAUCGUGCAUAAUAGUUCUCUACCCUCUGUAACAGCUGUCAGGGAAGACAAGUACUUUCUAGCAGGCAAGAUGAUAGUUGUUUCCAUUAUACACGGGGGACCUGUACCACAUUUCCUCUCAAAGGACCUUGUCAAUCACCUACUAGGGAAGACAACUUUCAACGCCACUGUGGAAGAUGUAACAGUCUCAUGGACUGAAUUUGCUAAGGGGUCCCAUGAAAAUUAUUUCAGAAAUUGAGAAUGGACUAUGCUCAAGGUCAUAAGUUAUAUUUAUGUAAAGGGUCAGAUUUCUUAUUAUUUCAAUGAGAAGUAAAGGCAUUUAAUCCUAUUGGUAUAAAAUAAUGACAAACAUUGUCAGGAUUGACUGGCAAGUCUGCAGUUUUUGACUGCUCUGCAGCAGCAUUCAGGCGUGCUGGCUCCUGUUCUGUGCCAUUCUUCCAAGGCCCUGCCUGCAUCAGAAAUGGAAAGCCUCUUCCGCCCAGACCGCAGCCCAAGAGGCAGCAACAGGUGGCAAAAGGAGAACCAAACAAUGGGAUUUUGGGCUGACUUUCUUCUGGAUUGCGAAGGUUUGUCAAGGCUUUGUUAGAUGUUAACCAAUACCAGUGUCCAUUUUUUAUUAGAUUAUAUUGUAUUUGUCUUAAGGGGGAAAUGCCAGCAGUUCGACUGUGGUGGUGUAUUCAGCUGAUGGAGAGAUUCUGCACAGAAGGGUAUGGCUGGUACUAUAGACAAACUGGCACUAACAUGGUCCAACCUGGUAUUAUUUGCACUUUUGGCUCAGGCAGGCAAAAGAUCAGGUCAGACUGAACAGAACAGUAGUAUACAAGCAAAGUUCAUGAACACUGACAUUACUUUUUUAAAGGCAUGGACAUAGAUUUGCCUUCUGGACUGAGGAAGCAUCCCUUCUCCUCCAAGGAGCUCUCCAGCCUGUCUUCAGGGUGCCAAAGGCAACCUCCUCCAAGCCUUUGCCAAGUCCAGUGAGACAGGUGAAGAGGACUACAAUGAGGUAACCAUUUGUAAAAUUUAACCACAUGAUGUUGAUGAUGGGACUGUUCAUCACUAUAGAAGUUACUUACAUGGUAAUAAUGUUCAUCUCCAUGUAAUGUGAUAAUCAUGUUUUUCUUUAAAGGUUGAGGCUGAGGCUGACAGGUGCUUCUUAGUGGAGGUAAUAUUUUUAUUUAUCUUUUUCCUUAAAUUGUGGACAUAACAGAAUGAGUAAUUACGGUCACAGGCAGCUCCAUCAGGGCAGAGGGAGGCACUAUUGUGCAGUGAGUGAACUAAUUGUCAUGAAAAACAUUAUUCAAUAUAUUUUCCAUUUUCAGUGUGUUUAUUUCUGCAACCUAAUUUACAAAUUUUGUAUUUUUAUCAUCAUCGACUCAUCUAUAUUUUACAGUUGCCAGCAUGCAUCUUGGUGGACAUAUUAGAAGAAGUUGUACUCCAUGAAGGUGAUGGAGCAAUCUUCAAACUGGCUCUGGUGUGCUCCACAUUUAGAGACAUUGGGCUCUAUUUUGGUGCCUCGCCGGAGACGUGCCGCAAGCGCAGCGUCAGUCAGAUCCGCCGCGCUGACAAGGCGUUCCCAAGCACAUUUUGGUAUUUUGGUGAGCCGCGCAGCCCAGCGUAAGUAUCCCCCCUCCCUAACUCAGCUCCUCCCAGCACCAUAAGUCGUAGACGGGGCGUGUAGUUGGUUUAACACAGCCGAGACCUGUUUUCACCAAUCACAUAGGCUCCUCUCCUUGCCUUUAAAUCCGCCACAGGUGAGGCGUAUUACUAUUUUCAUGGAGUAGUCAAAGAGAUCAAGAGAUGUCUUAAGACAGUAAUGCCACAAGAUGGCGACAGAGGGCAGCUCCUCAACAAGUGUCCUCCACACUCUCUCAUAUGAGCACAGAUGGAUUUAGUGCGCGUAAUGUUGGACCCACUGGUAAGACAAACACCCGUUUCCACAAAUAAAGACACUCACAUAAAGUUGCUCAUAUUCAAACCUCACGUGACAAAGGUGGGUUGAGCGCACAGAUCACAACAUAAACUCCAAAAAUGGCAUUAAAAUCGGAACCAUCUGUGCGUAAAUGACCCAUCGCGCUCCGUGGCCUGGCUCUUUCUUUCAUAGAUGUUGGCAUAUAAAAUAAAUUUGCCUCACAAAACUGAAUAUUAUAAUAUCCGUAUGUCGGCUUAAAGUAGAUAACGCAUCUGAGCACUGAAACAAAUCAUCUGUUCAGCUGCAGCAGCAGCAAGACGGACAGAGGACACGGAGACGUGUCCAGGUCGAGCUGUGCGAGAAAUAAGAGGAAGAGGAAGAAAGAAAAGGAGGGAGACACAUUACAUAUCUUGUUAACUUCAUCAUGUGUGUAUAUUUACUAGAUAUUUAAUUUAAUUUGAUGCGGUUUCAGCUGUGUUGAUUCGGUCAGGUUGUGUGUCCAAACGCGUGCCAAACGCGCUCAUCAGAUCAGAUAUAGAUCAGAAUAUAUCGAUAUAGAUCUAAAUGUAUGUGCUGACUCUGAUUAAUAGUUGAUGAUGAUUAUUUAUUGCACUGAAAUGUGCCUGACACUGUGGAAACCUGCCGGUGAGGCAUCAGUGACGUAUGUCGAUACGCCGCCGGUCUACCAAAAUACUACAAGACCAGCUGCGUUCCGCCUUGCGCUGAAAGCUGACCAGGUUUGAAUCGGCGAGCUUUCAGCGCACUUUACACGCCGUUGGCGAGCACGAAAAUGUCACUGCGCCAGCUGAUUCUGUCGAAACCUCCCCCUGCCACGCCACCACGCCCAGCUUGGCGGAUCUCGGCUCGCCUCCGUGCGGCUCAUGCCACGAAAAUGCCAAACUGGCCUUACGCUGGGCUCCGCCAGACGAAAAUACAACUGCGCGGGGCUCGCCGCCCUCCGCCGCCUCACCGGCGCGCACGAAAAUAGAGCCCAUUGUGUGCACUGAAUAUUUAAGAAGGCGAGCACACUCUAAGUGGCUUCACAGUAAGUAAUUCAUUAAAUGAUGCAAUGAUAUAUAAAAUUAUAGAGAGGAGUUCUGAAAUAUGUACACCAUUGAAAUCUGCCAUGAGUGUGGAGAGCAAUAUAAUGGCCAUGAGGUAUGCUAUACUGUAUAAUGUUAUAUUAGUGUCAUUAUAGACACUAGAAAAUACUAACAAUGCACAGACAUCAUGAAACCAUAUCACCUAAAGGCCAUUCUUCUCUCUGUUUGAUCUUUUUUUUUUACAGGAUAUGUUGGGAGAAGGAAAAGGAGAGAAGUUCCAGCAUUUUACUCGGAGGAGAUGCACCUAG